AUGACCUCCCCGAAAGUUUGGUUUAUCACUGGUACAUCGACUGGUCUAGGGCGAGAGGUUGCUGAAUACGCUUUGAGCAAAGGAGACAACGUAUUCGCCACCCUGCGCAAGCCUUCGAUGUUGGAAGACCUCACAGCUAAAUAUCCCUCCUCCCGCCUCGUCACUUUCCUGCUCGAUGUAACAGAUACACCCUCGAUUACCACGGCAUUCAAUGAGGCCCUCUCACACUUCAAUCGUAUCGACAUCGUGCUGAACAACGCAGGAUACUAUAUGGUAUCAGAAGUUGAAGGCAUGCCUCACAAGGCAGCACGAGAGAUGUUUGAUGUGCUGCUUUGGGGUGCGGAAAAUGUCAUGCGUGAAGCCAUACGAUGCUUCAGGGACGUAAAUCGUCCAGUGGGCGGGUGGUUAUUGAACCUUUCUUCCCGGACAGCCAUCAUUCCACAGCCUGGCACUGUGCACUAUGCUUCAGCAAAAGCUGCUUUGGAGUGUUUGUCGGAAGGGUAUAUCAGCGAACUUGACCCAGAGUGGGACAUCAAAAUCACUCUAAUUGAGCCAGGUUUGUUUCGCACAUCGGUAGUCCAAAACCAUGUGGCGGAACCCGUUCACCCCGCUUAUGCAUCCAAUGCAUCCCUUCCUACGCGCAAAUACCGAGCUCUCUAUCCCGACAUCGAGAAGACUCAUUUUGACGGCGAUCCGGCCAAGUUUGCAGAAGUGGUCUACAAGUUGUCCCGUUUGGAUGAACCCCCAGUGCGCCUCCCUUUGCAUAGGGUCGCCUUGGAAUCUGCGAGACAAAAGGGGGAAUCAUUGCUCGAAGCUGCCGAGAAGUGGUCUAGUUGGUCGGACGAUGUGUAUUUUCAUAAUUGA